AAUUGUGUACAAGAUGAUUUAAGGUUAAAUAUACCUAAUACGUUAUUAAGCAAGAUUUUCGUAGAAUAAUUAGUAAACAUGCAAACUUGUAUAUAAUGAGUGCAUUUCUUAACAAGUAAUAUUAACUGCUGGCAUUUAAUUUAAAACAACUUGGAGUAUAGUUGGAGCUAUACAUUUUUUUUAAACUUUAGCAACGGAGACGGAUUUAACCUCUUUCAAUUUAGGUGAUUCGUGUUUGAAAAUUUAAUUGUAAUUUCCUGAUUUCCUUCAAUAUCCAUAUGGUGAUCAUUCUCGUUGACAGCACGAAGUAUUUAUAAUUGUUAUAAGAUCUUCUGAUUUUAUUGUGAUACAAUGGCACCGCAGUUGCAAAUUCUGUCAAACAUCCUGCAGCGACUAGAAAAUAUGGAAACCACAGCAACUGGCUAUCUUUAUGGUAUUAUGUACAAUGAUACACUCAUAGUUCUGACAUUCAGUAUAAAUACAUGUGAUGAGAAUGAGAGCACAAUCGAUUGUACAGAAUUGCAAUUGAAUCUACCUGCAGAUAUAUAUUUCUGCGGUAUAUUACAGAUUGGUGAAUGCAAAGAAGAAAUAAAUCCUGAUGUUUUUAAGGAUAUUGAUAUUACAGAUAAUCCAUUGCUUUUAAAAUAUUCACGCAAUACAUCAGAUAUACAAGCGUACUUUUAUGUGCAUCAGAAAUUAGAAGCUGUCAAUAAUCUCAGUAUUAUUAGCGAAGAUGAUCUUUCUCGACAAUUUGUGUACAUUAGAUUGCAAGCAACUUUACCAUUGAUUAUCCAGGAUGAGAAUAUAUCUGAAGCAUUACAAGAAUCAAGAAAAAAUAUUGCAUCUGGGAAAAUAGGAAUACAUUUUCCUUCAAACAAUGCAUACCUCUUCAGAACGGAUGAUAAUUUAAAAGAGACACUAUUGAAAGAUUUUUUACCUAUAUCGAAAGACUAUGAGAAAUCUUCAACUGGAUUAAAUAAUAUAAAUUUUAUUACUGGAGCUGUGGAUAUUAUACAUGCAAAUUUGUUAUUGAAAAUAUCUGGUGAAAAAAAUUCUGAGGAGUCUAUUAAAUAUGCUCCUGUCUUACAACAUGUCAGAAGAUCCUUUGAUAGUUUAGAAUGCAAUUUAUAUAUUGAUGCAUUGUCACUGGUGAAUCUAAAUGUCAGAUCAACUGAGUUGCAUGCAAUUCUAGUAGAAUCCAUUUGUCGAAAUAUUAAAUUAAUUGAAAUGCAACAUGAAAGCCAGCCUGAAGAUAUAAAACUAUCUGCAAAAUUAGCAGAAGUCAUGCAUUUUAAACCUCAAAGCUGUGGACAUUUAUUUACAAUAGCAUAUCCCGGCAAUUCUACGAAUGAAAACACAAUGGAAUAUCGUAAGGCUUUACACAACGCUUUAGCAUUAAAUUUGACUAAACCGUAUUUUCGAUGUGGAAAUGCUAUAAAAUUUAACACGCAGGCAAAUGAAGUACUUAUAAAUCCUCAUCAGGCUCUCCUAAAUAAAAACAUCACAGGAAAGCUUAGUAUUGUGAAUGGUUUGUAUUCAUAUCAUCACUACAUGCAAGAUAACUUUGAUGAUAAUGGUUGGGGAUGUGCCUAUAGAUCUCUCCAAACCAUCGUUUCCUGGUACAGGUUACAAGGUUAUACUGAAAUACCAAUACCUUCUCAUCUCAAAAUACAGCAAUGCUUAGUUGACAUAGGCGAUAAACCUUCUUCCUUCAUUGGCAGUAAACAAUGGAUUGGUUCAACUGAAGUAAGUUUUGUGCUGCAGACUCUCCUAAAUGUAGAUAUAAAGAUACUUCGUGCAUCAAGCGGAGAGGAAAUGUCCUCUCUAAUUUCGCAACUUGCAAAUCAUUUUGAUACACAUGGCACGCCUGUCAUGAUUGGCGGAGGAGUAUUAGCUCACACAAUUUUAGGAGUUAGUUAUGAUGAACAUUCUGAAGAGGGAAAAUUCUUAAUUUUAGAUCCACACUACACAGGUACAGACCACUUGUCUAUUAUAAUAAGUAAAGGAUGGUGUGGAUGGAAAACAAAAGACUUUUGGAAAAAGAAUGCAUUUUAUAAUAUGUGCCUUCCACAAAAACCUAUAACUUUCUGAUAUUAAAUAUAUUGCAUUGUACAUAACUUGAUUUUUUAAAUGUAAUUAAAUUAAAAUUCUCUUCUGAGUGAUCACAUAUACGCACAUUUGUGUACAGAAAUGAUUUUCACAACAUAUUGUAAACUUAUCAUAUAUGGAAAGCAUUACAUCACUUAUGUGAUGUUCCCAACAAUGAAAUAAAAACAAUGAAUGUA